AUGGAGGACGAGAGACCUGCCCCGGGAAAAGUGAGGAAAAAAUCCACCCCCGUCCAUCGCAAAUCACUGUCCUGCGAAUACUGCAGCCGCUCCUUCGCCCGCCUGGAACAUCUCCAACGACAUCUCCGCACCCACACCAAGGAGAAGCCGUUUUCAUGUGACAUCUGCUCCAAAUCGUUCGCAAGGAGCGAUCUGCUUGUCCGACAUGAGCGACUAGUCCAUCCCGCCGAGGCGGCCGCCAAUCGAGAACAUCGCAGUCAUGGCAAUCACGAUGUUCCUCAGACCCCGUCCACCAUAAUCCCGCCCGCCCACCACGAAUCCCGCAUGCUCGAGCUGGCGGACGCCGUGCCGGUUCAGCCGCAGCCGGUAGCGCCUCCCCCGGAGGUCCAGGUCCAACCGCCCCCAAUCGUAGAAACAACGCACUUCAACCCGUCCUGGGGGUACGACCUGAACCUGCUGUCCCAUGCCGCGAGCCAUGUGGCCCUGGAAGGCCAGCAGGAAAGCCUGGAGUCCAUGCGGAAGUCCUCCCAGAACGUCGGCCCGCAGCCACUUCCCAGUGUCCCCGAACGAGCCAUCACCGAGAAUUAUGGCGUUGAGCCCUCCAUCCUGGAUCUGACGGACCUAGGCGACCCGGUGCAGGACUUUUCCGUGUUCCUGGAAAGCGUCGGCCUGUCUUCCGAUUGGGAUUCCGGCGUUUUCUCCACGGUCGAAGACCCCAUGUUGACUAAUCUCCCAAUGGAUUCGAAACCAACCGUCCGCGACAACCCGAGGCUUGGGCCCGAUAUCAUGAGCGACCCUCGAGGUGCUGCCGACGAACCCCCGUCCUUCUCGAAUUUUGGCUCUCGCCUCCCAUCCCUGCAGCCGGAGCCCCAUGAUGUCGACGAGCGUCUCGGGUUCGCGGAUGACGGCCCUCGACCGGCCUGGGAUAUCACCAAUGCGGACCGGCAAAUGUUCAUCUCCAAACUUGAAGAAUUUGCUUACAUCCUUCCCAAAAGCUUCGUUCCGCCGUCGAGGCAUGCCCUGUCUCGCUUCUUUGCUGGUUACAUUAAUGGCCUGAACGAGCAUCUUCCUUUUAUCCACGUCCCAACGCUGUCGGUGGCCAAGUGCUCCCCCGAGCUCACCCUGGCCCUGGCCGCCGCUGGAUCUCACUAUCGCUUUGAAAACAACCGGGGCAUUGAUCUUUUCCAUGCCGCCAAGGCUAUCCUGCUAGAACGCCUUCACAGGAGGGAUAGCAAGCAGGUGCAAUACCCAUCUUGGAACUUCCUAUCUCCCUCAUCCGGAUUCCAUGACUCGUGUGGAUCAUCUGCCGCCUCCAAUCACGCGAGCAGCCCAUUUCAGCAUCAUCACAUCGCGCAUCAGGUUGAUCCUUCGGGCUAUGCCCCCCAGGACUCCGAAGCCCACAUGGAAGUCAUCCGAACAUUCUUGCUGCUUACGGUCUUUGCUUCUUGGGAAAGGCACCCGGAACUCCUGCGAGAGAUUCUUUCGCUGCAAAGCACUCUUGCGAGGCUUGUCAGGGAGCAUGGACUGUCCGAGCCACCCCCAAGCCCUGAUCCGAACAACUGGGAAGAGUGGGUACGAAGAGAGGGGAACAGGCGCACUAAAUUCAUCGUGUAUUGUUUCUUCAAUCUUCACUCCAUCAUGUACAACAUCCCUCCACUGGUGUUGAAUGCGGAGCUCAAGCUGAACAUGCCGUGCUCCCAUGACGUCUGGAAGGCCAGCAACCCGACUCAAUGGCGCCGGGUCAUCCGCAGCCGCCAUGGGUCGGAAGUUUCUUUCCAGGAGGCCUUUGCCAAGCUAUUCCUCAAAUCCAGCAUACCAAAUUCCUCGGCACCCAUCUCACCCCUGGGGAAUUAUAUUCUCAUCCAUGCUCUCAUACAGCAGAUAUUCUUUGCCCGACAGCUUUGUCUUUCGGCGCCAACCAUGCAAAGCACAAGCCUCAGGCAGGACGAUUUAUCCGUGCUGGACAGCUCCUUGAGUGCGUGGAAGGCUUUAUGGAAGCGCACCCCGGAGUCCAGUAUUGACCCUCAAAAUCCGGCGGGCCCGAUUGCCUUCACAUCCACUGCCCUUCUUGGCCUCGCUUAUAUUAGACUGCACGUCGAUUUAGGGCCCUGUCGCCGUCUCAUCACUCAGGACCCGGUUCAGAUCGCACGAGCUCUGGGUGAAUCUCCCCCGAUUGCCAGAAGCCCUCGUCUGAUCAUGGCUUUGUUGCAUUCCGCCCAUGCACUUUCGAUCCCAGUGCGUCUUGGAAUCGAUUUCGUUGCAAGGACUCACUCCUUUUUCUGGAGUAUCCAACACUCCCUCUGCAGUCUGGAAUGCGCAUUCCUUCUGAGCCGCUGGCUUCUAUCUAUCCCAAUGACACAAGCCGAACAGAGACUGUCGGAGCAUGAGAGGAAAUUACUCCUGUGGAUCAAAAGUAUGAUGGAUGAAACCGACAUGGCUGUUGACCCCCCGGGCCCGCCUGAUGUCGACUUCAUGGCCAGUCCCUACAAGGCAAAGCAACUUAGCGUUGCUAUUGUUCGUGUAUGGGCAAGGACUUUCAAAGGGAAUACAAGCUGGGCUAUAGUCGACUUGGUCGGGUCAAGCCUGGAUGCUUAUGCCGAUCUUCUGGAGACGCAAAUGUGAGAACCUCGUGUUUGUGUCUUGGUCCCUGUGUUUCAUCGAUCGACUUGCCUGUGAGAUUCUGGGAUUCCGUUCAUUAGCCUGUCCCGAAUACGAGGGGCUGUUGGCAGGCUCUUAUCGGGUGAUUUGGUAUUUGUGUCUUUCUUGUUCAGAGGGCCGCUUUAAUCACCAGAAAAAUUAAUCCGAAAAUGGCCCUGUCAUUCUUUGUUUAUCCUCUUGCUCGAUAUCAAUAUCUUUGCAAGAAUCCAGGACCGAUCCGAUGGACUGGGGCGGUUCACAUCUCAGGCUUGGGGUUCAGAUGAGCUUCGCUGCUUGAUAUGAUAUUGUUAUAUACCCCUGUCCUCAUUCUUCCUUUUAUUUCCCCUGUAUAAAUUAGUGUGAAAGUUCUUUAUGACGGAGGAACCGGUCAAUGUUGAUGUUUUUUUUCCUUUCUGUCUUUCUUGUUGCG